CGAUGGCGCUCUACAAUGACUUGAAGCGCAAGGAUACAGUCUACUGUGGACUUACCAGGAGUGAAUCCAGACUGCUCCGGGCUCUGAUGCCUCAGUAGGUCGUCUCUGAUACUUCUCAAAAGAAUGUGGGUAAUAACCUUGCCUGGUAUACUGAACAGUGUGAUGCCUCGGUGAUUUCUGCAGUAUGUAAAGUAAAAUCACAAAAUAUAUCAUUCUCAGCAACUGGAAAAUUAGUAAUUACACACACACACACAUAUAUGAUAUGUUUGUUUAUAUAUAUAAAUGCAUAUAUAUAUAUAUAUAUAUAUAUAUAUAUAUAUAUAUAUAUAUAUAUAAACACACAUAUAUAUGUAUACAUAUAUAUACUAUUGUUGUUUGUAGAGAAAAUAUUUACUGAACACUGUCAGUACAGCACGCAAAUCUUAUAUCAAUUUCUACUUGAAAAUAGAAAUAUAUUACAAAGUUUAAUAAACCUAGAAUUCCACUAAUGGUCACUGAGGAUUUUACAUUUUGAAUCCUAGAUUUUUUUUUUUUAUUUUAUAUUCGCGGUGUCGUCUCACAUGCAAAUACUUAAUAUUAAUCUUAGCAGACAGGCAAGUUAAAAACAUCUAUUGAACAUUGAAACAGACCAGUACAAACACACAGACACACGAAUACACGCACGCACAAACACACACACACACACACGCACACACACACACACACACACACACACACACACACUCUCUCUCACACACACACACGCAACAGCGGUCAUCAUACCCGAAGGUGUUCCUGCGGCCGCCAGAGGAAGGACAGUCCCUCCUCCCAGCGGCGAUGGGUCCGGGGAUUCCCCUGCACGCCGUUCGGAUUGUCCUUCCCUUGCCUCCUUGCCCCAUGAACCUCCCUUCUCUUCCUCAUCUCCCUCCCUUCCUCCCUCUUCCACUCCCUCCUCCUCCUCCUCCUCUUUCCCUUCCUCCCUGGUUCAUAUUUGCAUUCCCCGUCCUCCCUAUUUUCCCCUGAUUUAAUUCUCUAGCUGGUAAAAGUAAAUAAUUUUCUUCAUAUUCAUGAAACAUUUAUACUCACGCGAUGUCGGCAUCAUUUACCAGAUGCCGAAAAUGUUUACUCGCUUUUGUCGAGGUUUAAACGGUUGUCAGUAAACAAAACACAGGAGGCGCAUAACUACGGGAACUGCGUCGCGAAUGUCAAUAAGGGUUCUGCAACCCUCUUAACUGUGGCAAUCAGUUCCAGUCCUGCUGCUGACCCCUGAUACACCUUGGCCCCUCUUUGACCUUGCACUUGAGUCGCCUCCACCACUUGGGAAUCCGCAGCAACCAAAGACGAAACCCAUAGGAUGCGUCCCAUCGCGAGGCAGCUUUUGCUCGUGGCGGCGCUGGCGGCGGCGCCGGGCCUCCUCCUCGCGGGGUACACCUCCCUGACCCAUGCCCCCCUCCACUACGUCACCUCCUCCAAGUUCGGCAACUUCUUCAUGGCGCCGGGAUGGACCAUCGCGCCCAAAAGCGUCAUCAAAAGGACCACUGUCAUAGACGGAUGCCAAUGUCGGUUCAGCUGCUGGAGAAAUACCGAGUGUAAAGCGUGGUCGGCCAGCAAGCUUCCGAAUGGAACCGAGUGCAGAAUGACAAUUAAAGGUCCUGGUUUCGCAAAGGUGGUGGGAGACUUCAGGGCCACUUACUUCUUCAUGGAAAGAGGUGUGAGCGGCAAGUACGUCUUCGGGGAGGACAACAUCAUGUACCUGCUAAAUAAAGCGUACGGAAGCUUCUUUGCCGGCAUCAUUCUUUGCGGGAGCAUCCCCGGCCACCGCCUCGGGAUAUUCAAGAGGCUGGAGCAGCUGGAGUUCGCAGAAAGUUACAUGUAUAGUAAGGAACCUGCCUUGUCCGACGUCUCCUACAUUGACCUGAGGAAUACCUCCGAGGGCCCUGCCUUCGGAGACGGGACGCUCCUUCGUGACACCGACAUGGGACAACUCGAGGUGGUCAAUGCCAGUGAGGCCGAGGUCUUCGUCCACUGGAACAACAUGUUCGUCGGCGUAUCUGCGAAGACAUCUAGACAUUUCAUCUGCCAGGCAAAUCCGUUGGGCGUCGAGUGGUAGAGAGAGAAAUGAAGAAAAGGAGAAAAGAGAAGAGAGGCAAACUGAGAGCGCACGCUGCCUCCCGUCGCAGCCAAUUAGAACCGUUAAGGACCCUGCCAGCACCCUGGUGGAGGCUCGCAUUUCUGGACCACCACCAAGGGUCCGAAAUGUCUUUGAAUAUGAGCAUAUGCCUCACCAGUCAUGCCUUCCUCCACCUCCUUUCACGACACAUCAUCGCAAUGCUUGCUUGUAAUGCUUGUCAAAUAUUCCUUGAAAUAUGUGAUUUAUUGACUUAUUUUGUGAUUUGUUGUCAAUUUUAAGGCGCGAUUUUCAUUUCAUUAUGGAUAUGUGUAUGUAUCCAGGGAGCUACCAAUUCACAUAGACAUUCACAAUUAAUGUAUUGAUCAUACAGACAGUGGUUCGUAAGAUGGUUCAUAUCCACUAUUCGUCAAGUAUUCUGCUUUAGACGAACCAAUAACCGAAAUGAGAUCCAUUCCACUUCGAUUCUGAAUGUGGUUGAUUACUUUUCACCUAUGUUUACAUGUUACUGUGUUUUUCAUACUACUCUAACAAUAUAUAGUGUAAUGCUCACCC